GAGAGCAGUAGUCGCGUACCUUGGGCAGCUUCCACCUUGCCGGCUCUUUGAGAGCUCGAGACCAACCACAAAAGUACAUUAGAAUAAAACCAAAAACUACUAAGCUGUCCACAGCGUAUUGUGAUUUUUCAACUGCAUCAGUGUAUCCGUGAACUCACAUGUUCGCAGUCAUGUGAAGAUAGUGCAAGAGUAAAGUUAUCUAAGAUAAACCAUGAUAUUUCUUUGAAAAAAAAAGUGUCAAUAAGUGGUGGGAGAGAAAGAGAGCGAUCUGUGAAAGAGGAAUACGCAUUCGUCCAUGUAACCCAGAUUUGGCUCCGCUUACUCGGCCAAGUGGAUGCGGAUAUAAGCGAUUGUCCGACCUUACAGGGACUUACUACUGGAUUUAUUCGUUUCGGUCUUACUUAUUCCUUUUCCCACUGUCGUAGGGCGAAAAAAUCGUGUCGCAAUCGUGAAUAAUCAUCAAACGUGGCCAAAGAUACGUAUCGUAAAAGUGCUACAAAGAAAUUUGAUGCCAGAAGAGUAUCAAAAAGAGUUUGCAGGAACGUUAACGUGGCCAGAUGUAGCAACGAUCAAAUGGAUGCUGUCCGUACUCAAUAAUCAUCAAGGACGGUUGUGGUGGUUAUGGGUACCGGCAUGGAACCUCGAUUUUCACGUUGAAUCGUCAACGAGAAGCAGGUCGAUUCUCGCAGUAGCCACAAUCCUGCAGUACGAAUUAGCCAUAAUUUCGUUACCAUUGUUUACAGUUGCACCGGUGAUAGCAGUGCUAAACUUAAUAGUGUUAAUAAUAGUGCAUGCGUUUUUUUCUCCAUUACCGUUGCCGUCAAAGUCAGAUGAGGCGUUAAAUUAUCCGCGUUAUUAUAAAUACCGUGAAAGUGGUGCGUGUAGCAAGGACCGAUCAGAGGGACGCCAUAAUGGCGGAGCGUCCCGGCGGCAGUGGUGGUGGUGGUGUUGGUACAGCGAAAAGACGGUCUCGCCGAGACAGCAGCGAUGCUACUGGCUCCUCAGGAUCACGAGGUACACCUGCGACACUGUCCUCGAAAGAACGACGAACAAAACGGGCGAGCAAACCAAUGAAAGAACGGUGGCUCCUUACGAGGAAAACGUGGCGGUACAUGGCCGAUGCUGGACGUCGCUUGAUACCCGAUGGAGCUCACAACAGAGCAGAGGACCUGCCACGCAUAGAGCAGUAUUUUCAGGAGGUUUGUCAGAAAGAGCCCAAAUUUUUGUUGUGGAGAAAAGCAUCGUAUCCGGGGACUUUGAGUUUUCGUACUCAUCGACAUCGAAGAUUGAUAAAAGGCGGAAGUUGUCGUACAAAAGCGAGCUCGGCUGACGAAGCCGACGAUUCUAGGGGUUCCGGCUCCUCCAUAGGAGGGCAAAGUCUCUUGUUUCAAGCGACCUCGGGCGGUAGAUUCGACGUUGCAAAGACCAAGAGAGAUUGGCUACUUGCAACCGGUUCCGGCAGCACACCCGCCUCGCCUGUUAGUCGAAGAAGAGCACCUCAGGAAGACGCCGAAGUCAAAGCCUUGGCGGACAUGUUGCAAAAAUAUCUCAACAUGCAGAACGAUGGCUCUUCCGGACCAGCGGGACCACCUGUUAAUCUCGAAGCCAAAGAUAUUGAGAGGGCUGCAGCUGCUGCAGCCUCCAAAUCAAGCUCAAAUAUUCCUUUCGAUUAUCAGAGUCUGAUAAGUAAGCUUCAGCAGCAUUUGGAUUUUAUAAUGGCGGAAGGAAAGAAGGAGGAAAAGCUAAAAGAGAGCGGUCAAAGAGAAGGUGGAUCCGAAUCCAGCUCGAUGUUGCCGUAUCGCGGGGAUUACGUGCAUAAAUCCUUGAUCGAAACCCUAAGUCGGCAUUAUAGUAAAUCGCCUAAUCGCGAACACGUGAUAUCGGGCAUUCUCACGGACAGGAAACUCUUGGAAAAACUGUACUUCGACCUCCGCUGUACUCGCGGUUUCAGGGGACCGAGAGCUACGGGUGCUUAUACCUCACCGUCCCGCUGGUGGGGAACUCCUAGAACAAGAGCUACUUCGAAAAACGAUAGCUCGUCAGUCGGCGGUAACGCUCCUCGCCGAGAUAUCUCAUCACCACCACCUUUGAUAGCUGUCCAAGGUCCUAGCACAGAUCGAGGUCCGGUUGACGGCGUUGUUCAAACUGAUCCGAUCGCCAGAAAUGUUCUCGAUGCUCUCCGAGCUGAGAGAGAGAAAGAGGAAGCUGCGACGAGCGGUGGGCACAAAAGUUCCUCUGGGAGGCGACGAAGUAGCGUCGACAAUGAUGAUGUAUCGCCUUCCGUUAGUGACACGAUAAAAAGAUAUCUUCGUAUGGCUAGAAAAAAAUCAAUCGAUGCUGACAAGGCUGAUCGAUUCAAGCGAGUCAAUUAUGAUCGCAAUCUUCGUAAUAUCAAAGCUAAGGGAGAGAUCACGAAGCCCGGUGAUGACGAGGGCAACAAUAAAGGUUGUCAAACCGAGGAAAAUUGGAUAAUUUCGUAUCGCGAAAAUGUUGGGGUGUCACCCGACGGUAACGCGGACAAUUUUUCCGAUGCUGACACCACCUCGCCAGCGAGCAGAAACGCGAGUUCGAGAAGCAGCAUGGACGCCGGUCUUGGCUCAGAGGAGCAACCAUCCACACCCAAACAUCAUCAUCAUCAUCAAUCCUUCCUUUCCCACCUCCUUCAUGGCUCAAACGCUCACAAGGACAAACCCCAUUCGGCACCAGGCUCACCAGCUCUCACCUCAUCCUCCAAUUCCCCAGGUGGCGGUACAGCUAUGCAGAAAAGCAAAUCGUCCAGCAGCGUGGUGCACCACGGUAGCCGGCUCGUGGCCAAAAAAAUCUGGCGUUCGAGAAGCAAAAGUACCUCGAGAACGGUUAAUCAACCCUCCGUUUGGACGCCUCAGGGAAGAUGUACGUGGGCCGGGACUGCAGGUCGACGAGUGACUCUACAAGACACUCCACUGCGUUCUCUGUCCGACGUUGAGCGAAAAGUCCUGUGUAGAGUGGCCGUAGCAAAGCUUCAAGCUCUUAACCUAGGAGUUCAUAUACGCCCACCUAGCGAAUCUCUCGGGAGUGGAAGCGUCUCAACGAAACCAAAGAGACGAGCGUAUCUGCUGAAGAGAAAAGCUCUGACAACGGGGUUUUUCGACAACAAGGGCAAAGAAGACAAGGACAAGGAAUCAGCAGGAGGUCUCGUUUUCGGCAUUCCCCUGAGUCAAUGUCUCGAGAACGAUCGCCUGGCGAGAAUCGCUUCGGGUGAGGUUAACGACGUUGGUUGCCUCUCGAGAAGUAGCAGGCAUGGGAGUAGAACGAGCUUCACCAGCCUCAUAGAAAUCCCGAGCACAGCUGCCUCAAAAACGGAAGACGGUGGUUCCUGCGAAUCCUUGUCGUCCAAGGGUGGAGCACUCACAGGGAGUGAUUCGGGCGUCCUUGAAUUAAGUGAUAGCGGAGGCGGCCCACCAGGAGAAUGGGAUGCUGUUCCGGGAGUGGUGAGACAGUGCAUCAGGCACAUAGAAGCAACGGGUUUGAGAACUCUCGGCAUUUUUCGUAUAUCACCUUCCAAGAAGAGAGUCAGACAGCUAAGAGAGGACUUUGAUUGUGGGCGAGAAACGAAAAUUGGUCCCGACCAAUGUCCUCACGAUGUAGCAGCAUUGCUGAAGGAAUUUUUCCGCGAUCUCCCCGAUCCUCUGCUGUGCAGGGACCUUUAUCAAGCUUUUGUUCACACGCAGAAGAUCAGGAAUAGGCGACUCCAACAGGAAGCUUUGCAACAUCUGAUUCAGCUCUUGCCAACACCGAAUCGCGAGACGCUAUGGGCACUCUUAAAUUUCCUUACGGAGGUCGCGUCGAACAGCGAGGACAGAAAAAUCGAAGGGGGUGAGAGAAUACCAGGAAACAAAAUGGAUGCGACCAACCUUGCUACUGUUUUCGCACCGAAUAUACUCCACUGCGUGAAGCCCGGUCAAGCACGAUCAGAAGUCUCUGCCGAAAGAGCCGAAGAGAGAAUAGACGUGAUUAAUGUUGUGAGGGCUUUGCUCGAAAAUACACCGACGCUUUUCACCGUUCCUGCAGCUUUAGUGGAUGAGCUCUACCUUCAUAUGAUGGACACUCAUCCUGCUGAUCUCGACCAAGCUUUGUCGCGACGUGCCGAAGAGCAAUGCGGCGACGAGGUCGAUCCCUGCAGCGAAGCGGAAACAUUUUCCGUCGAUGACAACAUAUCGAGCGCACAGACAGCGAAAAAAGUGUGGACGAGGGAACAAUGCCUUCAUCAAACAGCCGGAGUAGGGGGUGAUAUCGGACCAAGGCCGAGGAGGCCAAAGAGACCAGGAAGUCGAAGAAAGGAGGAAGGACGCAGCAACAGCGUCGACAGUGGGUCCAGCGAAGAUCCGUCUGAUCCGAGAAGGCGAUCGUCUCCGAUGGUUAUCACCGCGAGCCUCACAAUACCUAUGUCCGGUGCUUUCACCUUGAACCUCGACGAUCCUGAUAUUCCUUACAUCGAAGAAACGCCGAAACAACCGUCUGCUCCUCCGAGACGACAACGACAGCGGUCCAUUUCCGGUUGUAGCGAAGGUGGGAGGCACGGUUCUGACAGCGCCGUUGGAUCGUCCGCAACCCUUUCCGGCGAUCAACCACCAAGUUCACCACCUUCCUGGGCCUCUACACCACCCGCUAGUCCUGACAGCGCUGUCACUGCUGUUUCUUACAUACCUGAUCAACAAGCUGUGCUCCAAAGGGUCUCUUUCACAACUUCUAGCGAAGUGCGACAAAUCUCGAGAUCCAUUAGCCAGGAAGCAUCAAGAGCUUCGAUUACACCGGCUUACACACCGAGUAUAACCAGCAUCGGUGGUGCUGUAUUGAGGUCAAAAACAGCAGACAUCGAGAGGAUGCUACGGAUAUCGAGAUCCGACAUGAGAAGUCCGUUGCAAACAUCGAAAAGCACAUCAGGCAUAACGGUUGUGACGACAACAUCGACCGAGAGUAAAAAGUACACUAAAAGACGAUACACAGACUCGAGGCAUCAGACUCGUCACAUACCAGACGCAGAAAGUUUAUCAAGCAAGACAACAACAACUUUGAUGUCACAAUCGACACCUUCGGUGAACAUGAAUUCUCAGGGACAAAGAAGCAGCGUGACUGCACCGGUGUGGAAGCGUCGGGAACUCAUUUCCUCGGCACCAAAAGUUCGAGACAAUUAUUUCUGAUGCUCACUUAUCCCGGAGUCACAAUUUCUGGGGAAUACAAUCAGAAACGUACGGGAAGGAAUAUAGAUUGGGAAAAAUAUUCACAUGAAAACAUAUGAUCUCGUUGAACCAGAGUACGGAACGGAAUGAAAUUACGGGCCGUAAAAAAAAGAUUUAAUGUAUUUUUUGUCAAAACUGCCUCGAGUUAAGAGCCUUGAAUUUUCCUCCGGGCGAGGAAACUUUCGGAUUGAAAAUUUCUCGAUUUCUCGAGACAGAGACCCAUCAAACACGAUUCUCAGCUUUCAGAAAAUGUUAUAUAUACUACAUCGUUAAGUUUUUAACUAAUGUACAAGCGAAUAAAUGGACGAUUAAUUUUUUUACAAAAA